GUUGCGUUGCAGAACUUGGAUAAUCAGUAUAACGCCGUAGUCAUCACAGCAUUAGAAGACAUCCCGUUCUGCUGCCACGAAGAUCUCUUGACGAUGUCUCGCGCACAGCUUGUUGCCGUUGCUCAAUCGCUCAACGCCAAGUUACCUGCUGCCAUGCAAAUUGACGUUACAGAUAUUCGCACGGAUUUUUUCAUCCGGAAGAGCAUCGAAGUUCUGGUC